AUGGAAAAGCGGAGCAACUUCCGAUGCGUGGAGGUGCCCGCGGACGGAUCCUGCAUGUUUCAUGCGAUUGCGGCCACCCUCGCUGGUAGAGACGUGACACCAGACGAAUUGAAGAGAGUGUCGGGACGGUUGAGAGAUGCGGCGAUCGGUUAUGUGUUGAGGUUUUGGCGGUCGUCUUUGGGAGGCGUCCGAGGGAAUCCGACGGGGAGGGACUUGGUCGAACUAGAGUACAAAUCUGCCGAGGGAGAAGACGCAGCCAAGUCGGUCCGAGGACCCAUAUCGACCCUCAUCAGAUGGGAGGCCGCUGGAAAGAUUAAGGUCGAGCGAAGUCCCGGAGGAAAGCGGAUCUACGACCUCAAGAGUCUCGAUCCAUCCGACACGGUGUCCAACUCGUGGUUCUCAAACAAGACGAUAAGUCUCCAGAAGCAGAGCUGGCGGAGGACGUGCUCGCGGUCGUUCAGGUGUUCGGCUGUCGAUGGAACGGAAGACGAUACGGAAGAGAUACGAGCUGUGCCGAAAAAGGACGAGGACGACCAGGAGAGCGACGAAGAGGAGGUGGAGAAGGACCAGGAGAAGCUAAUCAGGAUGAGGAAGGUUCGGAUCCUCCCAAAGAAGUAUCAGAAGAGAAUCCUGAACGACUGGAGGCACUCAGCUCGAUACAGCUACAAUAAGGCGGUGUUUCUCAUGAACGAGACAGCGAGCUUCAAUAAGAUGUACCUUCGGGACCUCAUUACUCCGGCUGAGGUGAACGGAGACAAACCACACCUCUUGAAUACACCCAAGGACGUGAGGGCCGCUGCAGUCUUCGAAGCGGCCAACAAUGCAAAAGCCUGCUUCACUAGUCUCGCACGCGGAAACAUCGCUCAUUUCGAGCUCGCCUUCAAGUCGAGAAAGGAGGAAGAUUCUAAAGAAUGGUGUGUUGGUGUAGCAAAGACCGCUAUCAAGAGUAGAGGCAAGCGCACCUUGAUCAUCUACGGAGACUAUUGUCCUUGGGAGUUCGAGACGCUGGGUGCAAUCGGUGAGAUUACGAAGGACUGUCGGCUACAGUUCGAUGGUGCCAGAUACUACCUCCUCAUCCCCUAUCGGAAAGCUCGCCCUAUGAAAGUGAGGAGCGAAAGCAAGUCCCUUAUCAACGAAACCAAGGAGGCCGUGAUCGCCCUCGAUCCGGCGGUGAGGACGUUCCAGACAGCGUAUAGCCCCAGCGAGGCAUACAAGUUGGGCGAUGGGUGCGCCAAGCGUCUCUUCUCAUUAGCCAUCACUUUAGAUCGACUCCUGGCCUUCGAAAAGCGCAUCCCGAAGGAACACCGCAGGAAGCGACGAUCGGUGCGACUGAGAAUCAUCAAGGUCCGGAGGAAGAUCGCUAACUUGCGUGACGAGAUGCAUUAUAAGGUCGCAGAGUUCCUGACUCGAAAGGCCAAGGUUAUACUCUUACCGUCAUUCGAGACCAGCGAGAUGGUUCAAAAAAUCCGACGUCGCAUCGGGAGCAAGACCGUCAGGCAGAUGUCCUUUCUGUCGCACUACAAGUUUAAGCAGCGGCUGAUAGCCAAAGCCGCUGACCGAGGAAUAGCUCUCAAUUUCUUCAUACAAGGUCUCUGCCUGUAUUUCUUCGUCAGAAUGGUAGACCAGGCCAAAAAGGUUCCAGCGGCCCUCCUAUCUUCGACAUAA